UUGGAUUCUGGUUAAUGUUUAGAAAACCUAUCCGCCUGAAAAAGGUAUAAAUUCUACAUAAAGCCAGCAAAAAAGUCUGGACGUGGGAGGAGACCUAUCUGGUGAAAAUGAGGCUGUUCCUUAAUGCAGGUGUGAUUGCAGCACUGCUUUUGUGUGGUGUGUGGGCUGCUCCUCACCACGGCAAUCCUGAGGAGCAUUCCUACACCAAAGAGCACCACGACCACCUCCAUCAUGGGAAUCAGGAAACUCACGAGCAUAAGCAGUGUGAAAGGUCUUGCAACCAGCUAGCACCUGCCAACGCUGACUUCGCCUUUGCUUUGUACAAGCACUUGAAAUCUCAGUCCCAAAAAGAAGCAAAAAACAUCUUCUUCUCUCCCCUGAGUAUAUCCACAGCCCUUUCUAUGUUGUCCCUGGGAGCCAAGGGUGCCACACAUGAUCAGAUCUUUCAGGCUCUCGGCUUCAGUGAAGCCCAGGUCAAUGAGACGCAAGUCAAUGAGGGGUUUGAACACCUGUACCACAUGCUGGGGCAUAGCCAGGAGCAGCUUCAGCUGGAAGCUGGGAACGCAGUUGUCACCGAUGAUGAGUUUAAACCAUCUCAUCAGUUUCUGACUGAUGCCAAACACUAUUAUCAGACAGAGGGUUUCACUGUAGAUUUCCACAAGCCAGAUGAAGCCAAGCAGACAAUAAACAACUUUAUUGAGAAGAAGACUCAUGGCAAAAUUAAGGACCUGAUAAAAGAUCUGGACCCGGGCACUGUAAUGGUCCUUCUGAACUACAUGUUUUUCAAAGGAAAGUGGGAAAAGCCUUUUGAAGAGAAAUACACUUCUAAAGGUGAUUUCCAUGUCAGCAAAGAUAAAACAGUGUCUGUGGACAUGAUGAAAAGGACCGGACGAUAUCUCUUUUAUUACGAUCAACAGAAUUCUACUUCAGUGCUGAUGCUGCCUUAUAGAGGAAAUGCUUCUAUGAUGGUUGUUUUACCUGAUGAAGGCAAAAUGGAAACAGUAGAGGAAUUUAUAAGUAAAGAUGACAUUAAAAGAUGGCAUGAUUCACUGUUCAGAAGUUCUCUGGAUGUUGAAAUGCCCAAAUAUUCUGUUUCUGCAUCCUAUUCCCUGAAAGAGAUACUGAUAGAGAUGGGAAUCGUUAACGUGUUUGGUCAACAUGCAGAUCUGUCUGGAAUUUCAGAGGUUCCACUAAAGGUGUCAAAGGUGGCUCACAGAGCUGUGCUGAGUGUGGACGAGAGGGGCACAGAGGCUGCAGCAGCCACGGGCAUUGAUGUGAUGCCCAUGUCCAUGCCUUUCUCAAUGGUUAUAAACCGCCCCUUCAUCCUGCUCAUCCUAGAGGAGACCACCGAGAGCAUCCUCUUCAUGGGCAAGAUAACAGACCCUACAGCGCAGUGAAGGCACCAUGCAAACACCGCCAUCUGGGCACUUACUGUUAAUCUUUACUGUUAUAGUUAUGCUUGCAUGGAAAAGUAACCUUUUACAUUGUACUGUACAUUGAAAAAACAGUAAAACAAAAUAUUACAUGAAUUAAAGUCACAAGAUAUGUCAA